AACUCUUACCUCAUACACGAUCUAUUUCGUUAAAUGAUUUGUAUGUUUUCAAAGGGAAAUUGAAAAUUCUCCGUUUCCCUUUGAGGAUGACCAGGUUUUACACUGAAGGCUGGACAAAUAUUGAAAUACGUAGGGUAACUGACAGGAGAAUUAACCAAUCAAUUUCAGGUCCGUGUUUUCUGCUGACCAACCAGCAUCUCAGUAAGCGGCAGCAAUCGCGGAAGUAAAUGGUUUGUUGACUAUUGGAGGUCUUCGGUGUAACACAAUUUUACAAACACCAUCUACUUUUUACUUAGAUUGGUCACCUGUUGUCAAGAAGAGAUGAACAACAGCCCAUCCGUAGAGUCGGGCGAGCACGGUGCAGAAUGUGUUCCAGCGAAGCGGAUCUGCACCGGGGAACCACGAGAGCAGCGAGCCGAGGACAGUGCACCGUCAACGGCCAGCAAUGAAACGAUAGAGGGCAGCAACAUAGACGUGUCAGUGAUCAUGCCAGUGUAUAACGCCUCCUGCUGGUUGGACGAGUGCCUGGAGGCCGUCCUGAAUCAGGACUUCACCGGCACCAUGGAGCUGUCUGUAUUUGAUGACGCCAGCACGGAUAGUUCUAGAUCCAUAAUCGAGGACUGGAGAGACAGGUUUGAGAAGCGGGGUAUUGCCAUGGUGAUCUCCGGCCACGACUCUGACAAACCUAAAGGAGUGGGCUUUGCCAAGAACCAGGCCGUAGCCCAGAGCACUGGUCGGUACCUCUGCUUUCAAGAUGCGGAUGACGUCACGAUGUCGGAGAGAGUGAGGCUCCAGUAUGAGACGUCCAUCCUGAACCCUAACAGUGUGUUGCAGGUGAAGGCCUUCUGUGACGUGGACGAGAAUAAAAUAAAGAAGGGCUUCUACACAUAUGAGGACUCCAAAGAGCGACCCAAACCUAAGAUUCCCGUCUCGCACUUCAAAGACUCGUGCCCCCCCUACAUAGUGUGUGUGAAGCUGGACAUGACGGAAGGGGUUCUGGAGGAGAACCUGCACUCUCUAAAGCUUACUGAAGGAGUGGACUACUACCACUUCAACUGAGCCUGGGGACGGCCAGAGGACAUCGCCAGAGGACAUCGCCAGGGGACAUCGCCAGGGGACAUCGCCAGGGGACAUCAUCACACACUGAUUGAAACCGUGAAGAAGGAGAAGACAGAAAGAAAGGAAGAAAGAAAGAAAGACAGACAUGGACAGAUGCACAGAGAGCAAAAUAAAAGAAGAAACUCUGGGAAGAUGGGGCAUUAGGAAAAUCAGGAGCAGAGAAAAUGAAUGAGAAGGAGAAUGGAAAAUACAAAAGGCCACAGAGGCAACGACUCACCAGGUCCAUGC